AUGUCGUCACAGUAUAGGAGGUCGAAUACACACAGCAGUCGUAAUAAUUCUCACAAUUCUCACAACAAUAGUAAAAUAGAUUCACAAACUAAAUUCAAAAUCGAAACACUAUCCGAAUUAUUUCCAGACUGGACAAAUGAUGAUUUAAUCGAACUAGUCCAAGAAUUCGAUGAUUUAGAAACGAUAAUUGACAAAAUCACUUCUGGUGCCGUUACUAAAUGGGAUGAAGUUAAAAAACCAACAAAGAAAGAAAAACAGGAGAAAAAGGAACUACUAUUACAACAACAGCAACAGGAAUUGUUAAACAAUAUACAAGAUAAUAAUACUCAUAACAGUCAUGGCAGUGCAACUGCCUCUAGUGCAAACAACAGUGCCUCUUCUAAUGGUGCCGGAAGCGCUUCGUCGGCUUCUAAUGCGAAUAAUGAAAACAACACAUCAAAUACACAUACAUCGUCAAAUACAGUAAGAGAACAUAUUUCUUCGUCAGUGCAUUCAUCAAAUAACAAUUCUUCAUCGUAUCAUGGCGGUCAUCACGAUAAAAACUCAAACAAUGCAGGUUCUUAUAACAAUAGAUAUUCCUCAGCAAAUCCUAACGUGAGAAAUAAAAGAGUCCCAUAUAAUAACAGCACAAAACAUAGCGAAAAACUAGUCGCUAACGCAACAGUAAAGACAGCUAGCAGCACUUCUUCACAUGCAACUUCGAAUGGUGGUGCUGCCUCUUGGGCUGACAUUGCCAAUAAGAAAGAUGUAUCGACUAAAAAGAAUAUUGACCAACAACAAGGACAACAACAAUCUUUUGCUGAGAAGACUGAAGCCGAAAUUAAAAAAUCACAGAAUGAACAAAUUGAUGAAGGAGAAGUGCAAAAAACAUCGAAAAAACAAGAAUUCUUACCAAUUAAACAAACUGAAGAAUCUCAAGAUUCUGCAAAGCCAAAGAAGAUGUCAUGGGCUGCUGUCGCCGCUCCUAAACCAAAACCUCAAAAGAAGAAGGAAUCUCCUUUGGAUGAUGUCGACGCUUUGAGAGAAGAAGUUGAAACUAUUGCAAGUGAAGAGAUCGUAGUCAAGGAAGAAACUUUCAUUGAAAGUGCCAGCCAAGUUCAAUCCGAAUCCCCUUCCAACGUUGAACAAUCUGUUCAAGAAACUUCUACUAUCAAUAAGAAUAUAGAUGUUACUGAAUCUCCAGCUGCUAUUUCUAUUCAAAAGACUGUUGUUUCAGAGACCGUUGAAACUGAAAAAGAAAUCGACCAACCUCAAUUACAACAAUCCCAUGAACACACUGCAGUUAAACCUGACGCUCAAAUCGAACAAUCUAUGGAACAAUCUCUAGAUAGAACUACUGAACAAGCUCAACAACAAAACUUGUAUCAACAAGGUCAGCAAACUCAACAUGGUCAACAACAAUAUGGUAUGCAACACUCCAAUGAAGCUGCUGCUGCCGCUGCUGCUGCCGCUGCCGCCCAACAACAGCAAUACUUUAUGUACCAAAACCAAUUUCCAGGUUAUUCUUACCCAGGCAUGUACGACACCCAAAACUAUGGUUACGCUCAACAGCAAUACCAACAACACAUGGGUCAAAAUACUCCUGUUUCUUCUGGUAACGCCGCUCAAGGUACUCAAUAUGAUAUGCAACAAAGAUACGGCCAAACUGCCAACGCUUCUGCUGCUACUGAAAUGGGCAAUGCUACCGAUUCUCCCACUGCUGCCAACAUUCAAUUACAACAACAACAACAACAACAACCAUACGGUGGUUCCUUCAUGCCAUACUAUGCUCAAUUCUACCAACAAUCCUUCCCAUAUGCUCACCCACAAUACAACAUGGGUGGCCAAUAUCCUUACCAAGUUCCAAAGAGUGGUUAUCAACAAUAUUACCAACAAGGUGUCCAGGGUGCUCAAGGCGCUCAAGGCGCUCAAGGCGCUCAAGGUGCUCAAGGCGCUCAAGGUCAACAGGCUGGGCAACAAGCUGAAGAUCAAUCACAGCAACAAUCUCGUCAACAUGCUGCUGCCUCUCAACAAAAUCAACAACAAGGUCUGCAACAAAUGACUCCACAAGAAAUGCAAUAUCAACAAUAUUACCAAUACCAACAACAACAAGCACAACAGGCUGUUAAUGGUCAACAGCCAUAUGGUUACAGUUCUGGUUACGAUUAUACAUCUCAAACUUCUAGAGGCUUUUACUAA